CGUGCUGGGUCCUCCGAACGCAUUCGAACUCGACACGCCUUACCUCCUCCUUCGGCUUCACCCAUUUACUCUGCACCAUCAGCCAUGCAGCUCAGCCUUUUUCGCCUCAUCCUCGCCGUCCUGGCGCUCCUGGUCACAAUCGUUGCCGCGGAGACCAACGCCGAGCGCAUGUCGAAAGGCUUGCCCCCAUUACCACCGCGCUGGCUCGUCAAACACCGGGCUCAGCAGAAUAACGAACACACGGAAACUGACGGGUCCGCACAACCCGGAAGCCGACCAGAAAUGCAGUCGCGAACAGAGACUGCCGAGCCCCGUCAUGUCUCCAUGUCGCCCACCACCUGCAUGGUCGACUGGGCUCUCCCCGGCACGAAGUGGUGCUGCCGUCGGAAAUUCGACCAGCGCCUCUCCAGCUCGUUCUGUUAUCCCGCGGAUUCCUGGGGUCGCUGCUAUGAGCACGACUAUCCUUAUAAACGCUGCUGCAACAUGCUGUUCAACGUAUGUCAGUAAGGGACGUGCGUGUAGGCGCCGAGAUUCGUUAGGCUGCUGGGUGAUUGGGCGCCG